CACCAGCCUACGUUUCGAUGACAUACGGCAGUCAUCGGUUAUAAAAAGUGGGAUCAGUCCGAAAAUCAUUUUCUUGACUCGCAAUAACUAUCCGUGCAGUUAUAUAAUCAGUCAAUUUAGUUAGUUAAACAUUUACUCUAAAACAACUGGUGCUGCUCGUUUAUUUACUGCUGACUGACUGUCCGCACUACAGAGUUGUUCGUUGUCGCCUUGACAAGAGCAGUCACAAUGGCCGCGUUAAAAUUCUGCGCAAAUAUCUCCUGGUUGUUUACGGAGUUGCCAGAAUUUACUCAAAGGUUGCAGGCGGCUGCGUCCGCUGGCUUUCGUGCUGUUGAAGCUGCUUGGUUGUAUGACUGCGACAUUGCAAAGCUUGUUGAGGCAAAGAAACAAACAGGUCUUGAGGUUGUGCUGCUGAAUACUCCUCCGGGGGACAUGAAGGGUGGUGACCUUGGUCUGGGGGCCGUGCCAGGCAGAGAGCAGGAGUUCAGAAAGGGCCUGGAGCUGGCUGUGCAGUUUGCCAAAGCACUGGACUGCAAGAGGAUUCACUUGAUGGCAGGGAGGGUACCUGUGGGGGCGGACCGCUCGACUGUUACCAUGGAGAUGGAGACCACCUUUGUCCAGAACCUGAAACACGCUGCAGAUGUCCUCUCAAAGGAAGGAAUUCUGGGCCUGAUUGAGCCUAUCAACACCAGGAUAACCGACCCACUGUAUUUUCUAAACUCUCCACAUCAGGCGGCUGAUAUUCUGCAAAAAGUCGGCCACUCCAGCAUUAAACUGCAGAUGGAUGUCUACCACUGGCAAAUAAUGGAUGGAAACUUGACACAGAACAUCCGGAAGUAUUUCCCCCUCAUAGGUCACGUCCAGAUCGCCCAGGUGCCGGGUCGGCAUGAGCCAGACAGUGCCGGAGAGCUGAACUUCCCCUACCUCUUCAGCCUGCUGGAGGAGCUGGGCUACCAGGGAUACGUCGGCUGUGAAUACAAACCAGCGGGCUCCACGGUGGAUGGUUUGAAGUGGGUUCAGGAUUACUGGAGUUGUCACAAGUGAAGUGACGGCAGCCAAAUAAGCAUGCAGGAGGUGGACUUGUGGGCAUCACAGACUUCAACUGUGGGCAUCUUUUUAAGAUGUAUGACAUCACUUGAAACACAAUGAAGGACGAAGGACACCAUUCAGUGAUUGUUGCAACCCGUUUGGCUGUUCAUUAGAAUGGUCCCUCCGGGGCAGUCAGGCAUGUCAUUCAGACGGUAUAAAAAAAGGAUUCCGACUGAUUCAGGAUUAUCCUAUUUUAUCCUAUUUGACAUCUUUUGUUUAAUCAUUAUUUGGCCAGAUGACCAACGAUGACCUGGACACCCCAUUCCAAUUAGAACAUUUAGCAAUGGACAAGCAAGUCAACCAACUACAAAAUAUUGACCGCUGUUGAAAUGUUUUAACAUUCCUUUUAAAAUCUGGUCAAAUAAAAAAAUAACCCUUGUGUAGUGGUGGUUUGAA